CAUUCGGCCAUCAUUUGCUCUCGUUCGUUGAUUGGCUCUUCAGCUCAGCAUUCGCUCGAGCAUUAAACUCAUUGUGUGGUCUAUUGUGAAUUUAAUUUUGAUUGUGAUUGUGCACUGACUAACCAUCACUUAUCAUUCAGCAUCGGCAACGUGAAGAACCUGUCGGAUCACACUAUAACUGCAUACGAGUCGCAGUUCUAAAAACCUUUCAUCAAUACUCAACCCUUAAAGAUAAUCGCAUCAUGUCACACAAAUUGCGUUGCACUCUGGUUGUUUGCAUUGCACUCGCUCUCUUUGCGGCAGGUUGCAACGUGGAGGCAUCCAAAACUCGACCGCCUCGCAACAAUGAUAUCAGCACCAUGGCGGAUGCACUUAAGUAUCUUCAGGAUCUGGACGUUUACUAUGGGGACAGAGCACGUGUGAGAUUUGGAAAACGUGGGUCAUUAAUGCAAUUACUCCGAAAUCGAAUGCUAGAAAAUGGUAUCAAUAGCAACAACAACAACGAUCCUAUCAAUGACAACAGCAACGGCGGAGAGUUGGUGCACUCCGGAAUAGAAGAGGAGCCAUUUUAAAUAUGGAAACGAAGGAAAGUCUCAUAUCCUCUUAUAUAAUUUUGGAGCAAUAGUUUAAACAUACUAUAUAGAAUUGCUUAAAAUAAAAAUAAAUAUUUAAAACUUUGUAUGUAGAAAAUCCUCCAUGAAUAAAUGGUCUACUAAUGUG